AUGUUUGGCAGUAUACUUUGCCUAUUGCUGCGUCAGGCUCAGACGACCCCUUGGCUCUUGGAUGAGGCCAGGCAAGACGGCUUUACUGCUCUUCAUUUGGCCAUUCUGAAUGAUCACCUUGGAAGCAUUGACCUCCUUCUCGAGGCUGGUGCCUCGCCAAAUAACCUACCCAGUCCAAGUGAGCUCGUCAGCGCCAAUAACAGCAGCCUCUUGUCGUCCGACGGCGCGCCAUUGCAGCCCGGCUCCUCUACUGCACAAAGUGACGGCAGUCCCUUUUAUUGUGGCGACCUGUCUGCCGCCGCGCUCAGUUUGACUCCGCCGCCGCCGCCUUCUCCGAGUCCUCUACAGCUGGCUGUGCAUCGUGGCGACCCAGAGGUUCCGAUACCCUUUAUCCAUCAUGCGAAAGUCAGUUCACUGGACGCCUUCGACCCGAGUGGGCUCAUCAGAGCCUCGUUGAUUUCCGCCAUCGUUACGACGGCCGGGAGCACUUCAUCUUGUGGACUCACCUCUCGUCUGGACAUCUCGCUUAUCCCCUUUCUGGCCUCCGUCGCGCGAAUGCUCGUCCGAAUGGCGGAUACUCUGCCAAUGCAGGAGACCAGCCCGGCCCGACUGCCCGCCAGCACGUUCGAGCAUGGCCUUGCCUCUGGGUCCAGCUGCCUGAGCAGUUGCUCUUCUCCGCCCUGCCCCGACGGCACACCGCCCUUCAGCACACCAGCAGCCCCGACGGCGUCGACUCGGUGCGACGUCGCCCUG